ACAUGCUGAAGGAUGUGGAUCAACUACCAUCGGCUCUCGACAUCGUUCAAAACACUUGACUUCUAGUUUUACUAGUUCAGUGUGCUUAGACCCCUCCUUCUGUACUGAUGCAUGUCAAGACAGACUGAGCUCCACGAAACCAGCGGAGUGAGAACACCUCAAACUCAACAACAGCUUCAGCUGCGAAGUCUAACGCAGACUACAAUCCCUCCUGUUAAAACCCCAGUACCUGCGAGAGGACAUGUCUGCAAACCUUCCCGAAGAGGACCUCUCCUGUCCCGUGUGCUGCGAGAUCUUCCAGGAUCCAGUGCUUUUGCCGUGCAGCCAUAGUUUCUGCAGGAGCUGUCUGAAGCACUUUUGGGAGAGCGCGAUCUUUCGUAGCUGCCCCGUCUGCAGAAGAAGAGCCUCCAAGAAGAGCCCCCCUUCAAACCGGGCCCUCAAAAACCUGUGUGAAGCGUUUCAGCUGGGCAGAGGCCAGGGCAGUGCAUCUGGAUCGAACAUCCUGUGCUGGAGACAUGGGGAAAAGCUCAAACUCUUCUGUUUGGUGGAUCAGGAGCCUAUCUGUGUGGUGUGCCAAGCCUCAAAAAUGCACAAAGGUCAUGACUGCUCUCCCACGGAAGAGGCGGCUCUGGACUGUAAGGAUAAAAUGUAUGCUGCCAUGAAGGUACUGCAAUGCAAGCUGGAGGUAUUCAAUAAAGCAAGACAAUCUUCAGCUAUUACUUUGGAGCACAUUAAGAAUCAGGCCAAUCGGGUUGAGAGGCAAAUGAAGGAUGAGUUUCUCAAGCUCCAUCAGUUUCUUUAUGAGGAGGAAGAGCGCAGGUUAUCAGCACUGAAGGAGGAGGAAGAGCGCAGGGUUGCGGCUGUGAAGAAUAGAGAUGAUGAUAACGCUCGGAAGAUAUUGUCUCUUACAGACAUGAUCAGGACGAUGGAGCAAACCAUAAACGCUGAAGAUUUAACAUUGCUGCAGAACUUCAAAUCUAUCAUAGACAGAACGUGCAGUACAUUGCAGGAUCCAGAAGGCAUGUCUGGAUCUUUGUUGGAUGAAUCUAAGCAUCUUGGGAAUCUAAAGUACAAGGUCUGGGAGAAGAUGAAGGCAGUUGCACCUUACAGUCCAGUAAUUCUGGACCCAAACACAGCCCAUCCUUGCUUGACGCUGUCAGAUAACCUGACCAGUCUCCGGUAUAGCACCCCAAACCAAGGUCUCCCCAGUAACCCUGAGCGUUUCCACAUCAGUGCAGAGGUGCUGGGCUGCACUGCCUUUAGCUCCGCAAGCCACAGCUGGGAGAUCAAGGUUGGUGACAAUGAGGACUGGAUCCUGGGCUUGGCCAGUGACAGUGUGAAGCGAGGUCAGGAAGUUCCUGCCAGACCAGAGAAUGGCUUCUGGACCAUCUGCCUACGGGAUGGGCAAUACAGGGCUAUGUCAUCACCCCCAACUGCUCUAAAAGUGGAGGAGAAACUGCAAAGGGUCUCGGUUCAGCUGAACUGGGACAGAGGGGAGGUGAUUUUUUCAAACCCAUUGCAUCAAGAAAUGAUAUACACUUUUAAACAUGUCUUUACAGAAAAGCUGUUGCCGUAUUUUUACACACAAAGUAAGCAUCCUUUGCAGAUCCUCUCCAAGCCUGUGUUGGUGUCUACGUGAAAGUAUCAUCUAAUAUCUAAUACAGAGAACCUCUUAAUAGUACACAACACAUGUAUUAAAUAAAUUCACACCUAUCAAAAGAUUUAAACAGGUUCAACUAAAUCAGUAUUGUGUAAAGUAGCCCGAGGCAGUUCUCUUAAUGUGCCUGUGCAAGCUUAUCCUCACGGCUAAUAAAAAUAUUCAAACAACUGCAUUU